GCGCGGCGGCCUGGUCAGGCGGUGGGGGGAUGGCGGCGGCGGCCGGCGCCUCCGGGAGCGGAAUGGCGCAGAAGAGCUGGGAACUGGCCAACAACAUGCAGGAGGCGCAGAGCAUCGACGAGAUUUACAAGUACGACCGCAAGCAGCAGCAGGAGAUCCUGGCGGCCAAGCCCUGGACCAAGGACAAUCACUACUUCAGAUACUGCAAGAUCUCCGCCCUGGCCCUGCUGAAGAUGGUCAUGCAUGCCCGGUCUGGGGGCAAUCUGGAAGUGAUGGGGCUGAUGCUUGGGAAAGUGGAUGGGGAAACCAUGAUUAUCAUGGACAGCUUUGCUUUACCGGUAGAAGGCACUGAAACUCGAGUCAAUGCUCAGGCUGCUGCAUAUGAAUAUAUGGCUGCAUACAUAGAAAAUGCAAAACAGGUUGGUCGUCUAGAAAAUGCAAUUGGCUGGUACCACAGCCACCCUGGCUAUGGUUGCUGGCUUUCAGGGAUUGAUGUCAGUACUCAGAUGCUUAACCAGCAAUUUCAGGAACCAUUUGUGGCAGUGGUUAUUGAUCCAACAAGAACAAUAUCUGCAGGAAAAGUAAAUCUUGGCGCUUUUAGAACAUAUCCCAAGGGCUUUAAGCCUCCAGAUGAAGGUCCUUCAGAAUACCAGACUAUUCCACUUAAUAAAAUAGAAGACUUUGGUGUACACUGUAAACAGUAUUAUGCUUUAGAGGUCUCCUACUUCAAAUCAUCUUUGGAUCGUAAAUUGCUUGAACUAUUGUGGAACAAAUAUUGGGUGAACACACUCAGUUCUUCUAGUUUGCUUACUAAUGCUGACUACACAACUGGCCAAGUCUUUGAUUUGUCUGAAAAGUUAGAACAGUCAGAAGCCCAGCUGGGCCGAGGGAGUUUCAUGUUGGGUUUAGAGACACAUGACAGAAAAUCAGAAGACAAACUUGCUAAAGCAACAAGGGACAGCAUCCAGACAAGAUGCUAGGGACCUUUGACCUGCUUUCAGCAUGGCAUUUCUUUGGUGCGCAUCAUAAAAAUGACAUUUCAACCUUCUAUGUUCGCUCCACUAAAGUUGUUAACCAAUUCUGUAUUUCUAGUUGAUCUGUUUUUAAUCAAAAAUAUCUGUUAAAGUCCAUUCAAAAUAUAGGAAAUUUGUCAAAUGCAAAAGGCUAGCAUAGGUUGAGCAUUGCAUUUUUUAUUUUUGCAAGUGGGUUCCAACAAUGGGAAAGAGGAGAGAAAUACAAGUAAUCAAUGUAUACAUUAAGGACUUUGCCAUCUCUCUAUACAGCAUUUUACAGUUCUGUCUAAACCAUGUGGUUAGUCUUUUAAAAAACUGAGGACUUGCCUUUUCCCAUCUUUUGCAUAAAACACUUCCUACCACAAAUGACUGUGCUGCACCUGAAAUGGGGGUGGCAGGGUGGGGGUUGACAUUGUCCUGGCUUGCUGGAAGAGGGGUAGGAGGAUAGGAUAGGAAAAGGAAGGAGGUCAGAAGCUGCUGCAAAAAGGGUAGGUGGGGUGAGUGUGCAUGACACUGAUUCAUCUGGGAAUGUAAGUGCGGACAGUUAUAAAAAGGCAGGUUAGAAGACUUUUUUGCACGCAGCAAGCAAGGCAGCACCCACUCUGCCUCGCCUCAAGGUGACAAAUAUCAUAUUGAUUAGGACGUGCUGUGGGUGUUGUGCUAGUUGCUCCUUUUUAGGGAGGCUGGGAAGGAAUUUUUCCAUCACAACCAUAUUGGCUUAUUAUGGUGAAGAGAAAAGGGGGUUAGGCUGUAUAUCACAACUCAUUUUGUAAGUGUGAGGCAGAUGUCCAGUGCAGGUGCUCCAUGGGGAAGACAUCCAGUAGCCAGAUGGAUGGCCUGGUAAAGAACUUAAAAAGAAGGUGCUUGCUAAAGGAACGGAAUGGGGAAGGGCUCCUAUGUUUGGUUAAAGAAUUACCCAACCUCCUUUUCAGGAUGUGAAGCUCUUCUGUGAUCACCUGUUGCUUUUUCAUUAGCUUUCAUCAAUUGCCAAAUUAGUUUUUUUUUACCACUUAAUUUAAUCUCCAGUAUGGUUACAUAUAAGGUAUAUCUAUGGCACUAUAUAACUGUUGAACAGUGAUGCUUUACAAACUAUGAAAUGUCAUCCUGUGUUGUGUAGUAAGAAAGAAGCAUUUCAAGUAAUUUACUCCAAAUAAGUGUUCCUAGAACUCAUCAUUGUCCAGCUAUGCUGGAAGGAGGACAGGAGGCACUGGAGAUGCUUUAAUUAGAACACAACUUAACAGUCUGGGAGUACCCGGCAGAUAAAAGUGUACAGUUCAGGUAAUUCUAUGAUCAUUUUCAUAUAUAUCCAGGGGCUUUUGUCAGCCCUCCCCUUUCCAUCCUGGUCCCCAGCCAACCCACAGGUGGGACCUCACACACUCACACUCUCUCUCUCUCUCUCUCUCGAAUGUGAGUUGUGGGGACUGUAAAAGCAAGGAGGUUGGCUUCCAGCCGUGCCAGUCAUAGGAGCCCCCCACUUCUGCUCCUUUAACUAAUAUCUCUUUUAAAUCUUUCACAAAUCCAUUUUGUCUGACCACUGUGUCCAUUCUCUACACAAUACCUACACUGGACAUCCACGCCGUAUUUACAUAAUGAGUUCUGACAUCGUAGCCUAACUUCUGUUCCAUGUUUUCCCCAAAUAAGGUGCCCUUCCCCUCCAUGCCAACUGCUGUGGGGAAAGUAGAAAAAAACAACACUUUGGCUAAUCUGGACCAUGGACCUAUAUAGUAUCCCCUCUCUUCCGGUCACCUAGUGGGAAAGGAUGGAUCAGUGUCCCCAUGCUAACCUGCUCUAAACUUGCGGUAAAAAUCACACCAUGCCUUUCAAAUUUCUUCCUCCAGCAAGCGUGAUGGCUGCUCCAUCACUUAUUGUACGGUGUGGUCAUUAUAGGUUAUGGCAUAGUUAUUGUCCUUUCAUAUUUUCAUAGCAUUUUGAUUAACAAGCUUAAAAAGCUAUUAGAAUCUAGAGUGAAUAAGUUCUUGUGGGUCACAAAAAAGAACACUUAACUUUUUCAAUCCACUGUGUCACUUCAGUGACACGGCUUCAGUGAAGUACUGUGGAUUCUUUCCUUUCUAAUUUUACAGGGAUUUGAACUGAUCAAAUAUAGACUAUUAACUCUUUUAGAAGUGAAUGAGGGUGGUGUCUUUGUUUUGUUAUGCUAAAACCAUUAGCAGAACAUACU